AUGUCGUGGCGCUCGCACGGCACUUCCACCAACGACUCGUUAAUCGACGCUUUAGAAAAGAACAACGUAAUCGCGAGUCGAGAUGUCGUCGGGAAAGCCAUGCGGAAAGUGGACAGGAAGUGGUACGCAGAGUCCGCAGAUGCGAACGAAGCGUAUCGGGACCAUCCGCUUCAGAUUGGGUCGAACGCGACGAUUAGCGCGCCGCACAUGCACGCGAUGUGUUUGGAACUCUCGAAAGAGUAUGUAGUAGUAAAUGAUGAUGAUGAUGAUGCGAGUGGUGGGUAUGGUAAUGGGAGGGUGUUGGACGUUGGGUCUGGAUCCGGAUACUUGGUCGCGUGUUUUGCCGAGAUGAUGGUGCAACAAAAUGUCUCAUCAUCAUCAUCAUCAUCAAAAGUCGUCGGUAUCGAACACAUCCAGUCGUUGGUGGAUCAAUCGAUCGAGAAUUUAAAACAAGACGAUAAGGAAGAGAUGGUACAGAGUGGAUUGAUAACGAUUACCAAGGGAGACGGAAGACUUGGCUACGAAGCGUUCGCACCUUACGCGUUGAUACACGUCGGCGCGGCCGCACCGGAAGUCCCAGAGGCGUUGCUUUCGCAGUUAGCUGCGCCGGGGAGGUUGAUUAUACCGGUUGGGAAAGAAGACGAGAGUCAAUCGUUGAUGGUGAUUGAUAAGAACGAGAAAGGAGAACUUAAAUACAAAGACGAAAUGGGGGUUGUCUACGUGCCGUUAACGGAUGAGAAGCACCAGUUGGAAAGGUGA